UUGGUCAAACAUGAGCCGGUCCAUCUUUCUUCUGUCCUUGGUCUUUCUGAUCUGCCUGACUUUUACUGAGGGUCAGCGGCUGUUCAUAAGCAAGCGAUGUCUGUGCUCCAGAACAUAUGACGGUCUGCGGCCUGGAAACAUCAAGGAGUGGAAAGUGCACAAACCAAGUGCAUUCUGUAACACCACUGAGAUUAUUGUGAUUUUGAAGAAACCUCACAUAAAAGUCUGCCUGAAUCCUAAUUCAAAACUGGGACGCCAGCUGCAAGAAAAUUAUGACAGCUGAGCGCCAAGUACACACAAGAUCAUCCUUUAGAUGACUACAAAAUAGUUGUUUAAGAAAUGUCUAGGGUUCCUUUUGUGAUUGCGGCUUUGCAGAGAAGGGGAAAUGUGGUGUCUCUCAAUAAAAGGGAUAUAAUUAAAAAAAAGAUUAGAGUAAGACAUUAGCCAAUGC